AUGGCCAUCGGUCGCGCCAUUUGCGUGGCUCUGCCACUCCUAUUAACAAUUGCCUCCCUCGCCGCCCUCCUCUACGCCACCCUCGCCGGCGUCGCCCAUCACAACACCUUCAUGUUCAAGCUCGACACGACCAACCUGACGGUCGAUAGGGCGGGUAUCGAGAGUAUCGCCAAGAGCGCCGGUGUUGACGUCAGCAGCAUUGGCAAGGACCUCGGUGUCGACAUUGACAGCCUGCUCAACAAGGCCACCGGAGGCCAAAAUGUCACGGCAAAGGAGCUCAACCUCGACUACGUCUUCGAGGUCGACCUCUGGGGCUUCUGCUCUACAAGGGACGGCAAGCGCGAGUGCACAAAGGCUGAGUUCAACUGGGCCUCGCGCACCCUCAACGACACGUACCUCAAGAAUGUUGGCACCGCGGCUGGCGUCAGCAUUCCCCUCCCCGAGGACAUCCGCGGGUCUAUCAAGGCGUUCCGCACUAUCAUGAAGGUUACCGAGAUUGCUUUUAUCGCUGCCAAUAUCUUGCUCGGUGUCGAGCUGCUGAUCGGCAUCCUCGCGAGCUGCUCCCGCGUCGUUUCUUGCCUCACUUGGCUCAUUGCCUGCAUAACCACCAUUCUCGUCUUUGCCGCAGCUGGCUUAGCGACUGGAGUAUCUGCUGCUGUUGUUGGCGCCGUCGAGGCCUCUGCCAAAAUCUACGGCGUGAAGGGCGGUAUCCAGACCAGCUUCCUGGCCGCCGUCUGGAUUGCCGCCGCCUUUGCCCUCGGCGCCAACCUCUUCUGGGUCUUUACAAUUUGCUGCUGCAAGCCUGAGCACGGCCGCGCACGAAGCGUCCGCAACCGUGACAGCCACGGCGACGGCGAGAAGCUCAUGCCCUCGCGCGGCUACGCCCCUCUUGGUACCCAGCACGAAAUGACUGGCUUCCAGCAGCAGCCUCAGCAUCACGCCGGCUACAACAACAGUUCCUACUACAACGGCCAACCCGCUCGCUACCCCGCGGGCAAUGGCCGCUCUGACCUGGCCUACGAGCCCUACUCUCACCGCGCAUAA